GUUGACUUAAAACUAGUUGAAGUUUGUACUGUUUAUGUUAUAACUUUGGUUUUCAAAAUUAGAGAAAAUAUAUGCUGUGUAAAUGUUCUUAUUGUAGUGAAAAUGUUAUCACAGCAAUUAGAACUGUUAUCAGAGAGCCCUUUACAAUGGACAUCUGUCUCUUAUGUUACUCCGGAAAUACAGAAAAAGGAAAUAAGACCAUUUGUUUUGUUGGCUCUUAAAGAACUAGAAGGUAAACCAGACAGCAGAACUUCGAGUUUACAGAAUGCCAACAAGUUUGCAGCAAUUAGAUCUAUCGUACGACAUGUUGCAAGAUUACGUUCAGCUACCAAAGAACCAUGGAGUGGAAGCGACAUGCAGAUAUUUCUGGAAGGCUUGAGGCUUUCACCAGAGUGUGCGGCCGAGCUGACAGCAUUUCUUUGUACUGAUGAAAUAUAUCAAAAUAUUCCAAAACAUGUACGGAUGAAGCCUGGCAUUGUUAAUAUGCAAUGGAAGAUAGAUUUAUCAUUAAGCCAAUCCAACAUACAAUCAGAAAACGCAACUCCACAGCGUUCUAAAGAGAUUAUGAACAGAGACACGCAGAUUAUACUUAUUUUCAAUUUAACUAAUGGACAGACGAAGACGUACAGAUUAUCGAUAAGUAAAUUUCACGAGUUGAGGUAUAUUGUUGCAAGUGCCUUAAAGAGUAUGAUCAUAUUGGAGAAGAGGAAAUGUAUGAGGAGAGACUGACAAAUACAAUUCUAUGGGUAGUUUUACCUUUUUGGUGUGAGCCAAAAUGUAUGGGCCGAUGAGCCAUAAAGACCCAUAUUAUGUUGUAAAAAAAUUGGGAAGAAAAACUGAAUGUGUGUUUUUGAACUAUAUUGUUAAUACAUAUAAAGUAUAGUCAAAUGUUUGCGUGCAUUAAAAAUAUAUUUGUUAUUAAAUAAAAUAUUUUAUUGUCGAGUUAAGAUUAUUUUGACAAUGGCCUGUAGUAUGGAUGAACAUUUAUACCCUAUUCCAAUCUAUGAAGAAGUCAAGGUGCAAUACAAUUUGCUCACAGCUCUGCUGUAUUACGCACUGCAAGCAGUUCUCGAUUAAUAUAUAUUUAUAUAACACAACACUAUUACACUUAACUUACUUUACUUCCAAAGUUCUGUUAACAGUUAGACAUUCAAAAUGCAAAUUUUACUUAUUAAAAAAUUAAUAGCAUAAAAACAUUCGUGUAAUAACGCAUAUAUGUGCCAACCAUAAUGGUGACUAUAUUUUUAAGAGAUUU